GGAGGAAGAGCACGUGAACUCGAGAUACAGUCUCAGCUUCAGCUGCGCUCAUUUUAACCAAUCCGAGAUCUAACUAGCCAAUACCAGCACAAAAGGCGGGUCUUGUCGGAAAACGGGUGUGAAAAACAACUCUACGCUCACGCAUUGUGCAUCUUGCCGAGUUUGCUACAGACGCAACCAGUAGUUGCUGCUGAGUGGUGGCGCAUCUGGGCUGCAGAAUUCAGCGUUUUCUUUUUUUCCCUUUGUAUUUUGGUCAAGGAAACCGCGGGAAUUCUACGUGAAAGAAUAAAAUAGAUGGCUGAAAAUAACUGCGACUUCAGCAUACACAGAUGUGCGCCUCGUUAUCCUUCGCAGCUGGCAUCAGUCUAGACAUGCAAACGGGUGAACGACUUUAAAUACAGACGCCUGAGACUCCUGCAGCCAUGCGUUCAUGCAGCCCUCCAGGCUCUGUAGUCUUCAUUCUCAUCAUUAGCAGGAUCAUCGAAGGCUCAAGCUCCAGCGCUGAAGAGGUGCUGCCUCCCACCAUUCAGAAACUGAUGAAGGGAUACAACAAGUACCUGAGGCCUUUCUUCGGCAAUGGCCCUGUGACUGUUGGAAUGAGUUUGGACAUUGCCAGCAUAGACACUAUAUCUGAGAUCAACAUGGACUACACAGCCACUAUCUUCUUGCGGCAGCGGUGGACAGAUGAGCGCCUGUGCUUCGAAGGCAAUAAGAGUCUAAGUUUGGAUGGCAGGCUUGUGGAGCUCCUCUGGGUGCCUGACACAUUCAUUGUGGACUCCAAGAAAUCCUUCCUGCAUGACAUCACUGUAGAGAACAGACUGAUCAGGAUAUUCCCCAACGGAACGGUGCUCUACGCCCUCAGAAUCACAACCACAGUGGCCUGCAGUAUGGACCUCACUAAGUACCCCAUGGACAAACAAACCUGCACACUACAGCUGGAGAGCUGGGGUUAUAAUGUAAAAGAUGUGGUGUUUUAUUGGACUCGGGGGAACCAGUCAGUUAGCGGACUUGAUACUCUACAGCUGGCCCAGUACACCCUGGAGGACUAUUAUACUUCAGAGUCUGAAGCUGUCUAUGAGACUGGUAACUACCCGAAGCUGAUCUUCCACUUCCAGUUGAGGCGAAGUAUCCUUUACUUCAUUCUAGAGACAUAUGUGCCAUCUAGCGCCCUGGUUGUUCUGUCCUGGGUCUCCUUUUGGAUCAGUCAGUCCUCUGUUCCUGCUCGCAUCUGUAUAGGGGUGACGACAGUCCUAACAAUGACUACUUUAAUGAUGGGGGCACGCACUUCUCUUCCCAACGCCAACUGCUUUAUCAAAGCGAUUGAUGUGUACCUGGGCAUCUGCUUCAGCUUCAUCUUUGGUGCCCUCAUUGAGUAUGCUGUUGCCCAUUUCUGUACUUUGCACCAGCCAAAUGCUGCCAAUGCAUAUAUGUAUGGGCAGGAGAUGCAGGAGCGUGAAGAUGAGAUGAAUGGGAUCGUGACUUCCAUUGGAAGCUCUGCGGCUCUGCGGGCACGCAAGAGGGAGGAGAUGUUGUCCCGCGCCGGCAGCACCAGCAGCCCCUCGCCCAGUGACAAUAAAGAGGAGAAGCCGUCCUCCUCCCAACCCCAGAGUGGCUGUGCCAAGUCCUUGUCAGUGGCACGGCGUGUUGUGUGCUUCCUGAACUGCUGCCAUGUGGAAAACCCGCACUACAUCGACAACUACUCACGUCUGACGUUCCCCCUGUCCUUCAUCUUCAUUAACCUGCUCUACUGGACCUACUACCUGUAUUUCUAAUGUGUGUAAGGGUGUGUAUAGGUAGCUUGAGUGUGAUUGUGGCCAGUGGGAUGAAUGCAUAUUGUUGCUGUCAGAACAAGACAGUUUAGUAACACUUUGUUACAAGGAUUUAUCCAGGUAUUCUUCUUUGUUUAGUAAAGGACCUGAUUUGUCUGUUAUGUGAAAAUAACCAAUAAUGGCAUUAAUAGUGUAAUAAAGCACAAUUAUUGUACAAUUAUGGAACACUUUAUUAGGACUUCAUGCAAAUUGUUGUGCAUGAAUUUUCAUCUAAAUUUGUGCAUAAUUGGCAGCUUUUUGAUUACUGUAAACUCUAGAUAGUUUCAAGUGACUUCUGUAGUUAAUAUUUCUGAAGUUCAAAAAAAUGUAAUGAGUCACUUAAACUUCAUGAUGUGUUCUGUGUUCUAAAGUUUCAGUCAUUAUGAAUUAGCAGUGGCUAAAGCUAGAGCUUCGGUUUGGGCCAUAAAUGCCAAAAACGAGGGAAAAAACCUAUGAUAAUGCUAAUUUCUGCUAUUUAGGAUUGCAGUAGUAUGUUAGCGCUAAGCUAACGGCAAUUGAGCAUUUUUUGACCAUUCUAGAUUAAACAGGCUUGUAAAAGACAUUAAAAUGAAUUUUUCCUUGUAGCUGUUUUACUGCCACUCCUUUAGUGAAGAGCUCUGGUAUAGAGUUGAACGAAAUACAUUGGUCAGGCUGCUCAUAGUCAGUGACAUAUCCAGGACUUCCAGAAAACUGAAAAUGAUGUUUCUCACUAAAUUGGUCCGACUCAUUGUAAAUCAUUGUAAGUUAUGAUUGCGUCAUUUCUUUGUCACAUUCUAAUUAUGUUGAUGGUUAAUCUAACAUGUUAGGAUUUCAGUUCAGCUCCUGAAGUCCUAACCAAUGGGAGAGCUCACUUUACUCUAUCUAUCUAGAUACCGUGGGGGAAAAAUACCCAUUGGGGAUUUUAAAAGUUGAACUCUGAAGUCUUUAUUGUAAGUCUUACUGCAAUACAUACAGAGUUUAAACACAACAAACAUAAUGAUUCUCGUAAAUGAACUGAUCACAGAAUAAUACAAAUAGAAAUUUGAAAGAAAUCAUUAGGCCUCUUUUGAAGGUAUAGAAGCCAAUGGGUCCUUCCCCACAGCUAAUAAAAGUUUUCAUUAUGUCCAUUUGUAGCACAAAUUCAACACUUAUUCAUGGUAUCUUGUUGCCAAAAUAAAUCCUGUAUAGUGAAAAGGUGGAACUUUCGAUGCAAGUUAAUGUGACAAGACUUUUCUCUUAGUAAUUUUGUUCCAUUCAUCCAGAAAACUUCACACAAUGUCAAGGGUAGCUGGGGUUUUAAUAAAGGAUAGAAAAUGUAGUUACUACAUUUUUUUCUGACAGCAGCUAUGUGCUAAUUCUUCAAUAGAACCUGGCCUUUUUGGGUUUAUUUGUACAAUUUUAUCUCAGCAUGUGUUUCUGUGGAUGCUACAUGUGACUCAUGCAUGUAGUGUGUAUUCUACUCGUUCUGUUGUGACGGAUGUGUGUGAAUUUGGACUGUUCAGGGCUGCGAGGACAUUCGGAUGAGUGUGCGUGUGCCUUGGAGGUACACUUUUAUCCUGGAAAUAUGUGGCCUUUGUUUUCCAGUAGAGCUUUACAUAUACUUUAAUCAAAGUCUUGAGCUCUAAAUUGCAAUAAGAUAUAUUGUUUGUCUAAAAUUUUCUACAUAUAACAUGAGAAAUUUGUCAGUUUAUUUCUUUUCAUGUUAAAUGUCAACAAAUUUUGGUCAGAAAAAAAAAAUAGCUUGAUUGUUUGUCUGAAUUGAAUUGCCUGCCAGCACUAAGCGUAUAAUUAAUGUAUUACAGGUUACACAAUGCAAGUAGAAGAAUGGAGAGGUCAUAGAAAAACAGCUUUUCCAUUCAAAUAUGAACAUCUAAAGUGUUUUUCACCAUGUAUAGCAGAUCUCAGAUGUAGUAAUAAUGAAAAGCAGGACCAAAGAUUUAAUGUGUCUCCAGUAUUCAUAAAUACAAAUAUCUCAGCGCAUGCUAGCACAAGUUAAACAUGUUGCAUCAUACAGAUGAUUUCUGUUGUAAUUUAAGCAGUUGAGCAGCCUGAUGUCAUGUUUUGUGGUUUGCUGCCUUUAAGAAAACAAAGCAGAUGAUUUUACACUAGCUCUGAGUGUUCAUUUAAGGAGAGGAGAAUGUCCUCUUGCUGUGUUUUUCUUGAACUCUGCUGUUUAAUUAUGCAUGACAGUUAAUGAGGCCGUCUUAAAUAUUGAAUUAAAAUAUUUUAAAGACUAACAUAUUCUGGCUGGCAGCUUUCAAAUAUAUGUACAGUUGAAGGAGGAAAAUUGUUGUUGAUAUUAGCAUAAUUUGCAUACAUAUUGCUAUGAUGGUGUUUAUUUUGUGUACAUAACUAACAGUAUUUAUUUUUUAACCACCUCUCCAGCACUGUGUACAUUCUGUAGAGGGUUACAGGGUUAUGCUAGUUUGAUGACUUUAUGUUUUCUUAAUGUACAUGGACCUCUCUAGGGAAGCCCUUCUUUAACUGUGAAUGUGACACUUCUUGCAGGUGGAUAUUAGUGUUUAAUUUUAACUGUACAGAUACUAGCCUAUGUCUUCCUACUGCAUUGAAUUUAUUAGCAACAGUUUCAACAGUUUUUUUUUCAGUAAAUACUGAUUCUCAUUAAGGACUUUACAGUCACUUUUAGGUUAAAUAUUUCAGUAGUCAUGCAUGAAGGUUGUGUAGUGCAAAAAUAAAGAAAUAAACAUGUA